UAACAUCGACCACUAUAAGCAACGGACGCUCGAAAGCUUUCAAGUUCUCGCUUACCUCACCUUCCUCUGCAUUUCGCAUCCGAAUAAGCCGUUUCAGUCCUUGGAACUGUUUCCGGCGGUCCAGCUUCUCCACGACAACUUGAUUUUGUUCGAAUCGGACUCCAACUUGCGGUCUGAGAUAGCGAAUUUGUGCGAGGAGUGUUGGAAAGAAGGAUUUCCCGGGAGAGCUACUCAUCUCGCAGUCGCUGCCAUUCUUGUUGUCCAGGUCGCUGACUCUGAAGAAGAAGGUGGAUAUCCACAGAAUCUACAUUCUCUCCGCGAGGCGUUUUCUUUAUUCGAUUUUGAGGACGAGAGCAUCGAGGAUUUGAAAUUGUUGCUUAUCCGGUGCUUGAUUGCUCCUCUCUAUUUGAAAACUGAGGACGGGAAGAAGUUUCUUGCAUUCGUAUUGGGAUUGGGUAAGCAGGUGCUGAAGGAGGCUUUGGCCAUGAUGAAGUCGCAGAUCCCGUUUGGAAGGAAGUUGAUGUUGGAUGCGUAUGGGGAUGUUUUGUUUAGGGCUUGGAAAGGAGUUGAAGGAGAAUUGAAGGAUGAGAUUGAGGGUGGGUUUUUGCAGGCUCUGAUUGAGGGUGCUAAACAUGCGAACUCUGGGCCAUUUGCAGCUUCUAUUAGGCGGUUUCUUGGGGGAUUUGUUACUCAAAGGAUCAGUGAAGGAGUUGAGAAGCUCCUUUUCAGGUUAGCUGAGCCAGUGCUUUUUCGAUCACUGCAGGUGAGACAGCCCAAAAGAUAACAAGACUACUUCUCCCAUCAUACCUUCCCUCAAAAGUAACAAAGAAGAAGCGUGUAGUCGUUGCAUCACUCUCAUAAAGAGGUCUCCCAUGGGUGGCGCAAGGUUUUGUGAAUUUACUGUAUCAGAAGGGGCCUCAGUAAAACAUGUCAUGGAGCUAGUCCGAGUAUUGAUCAACUCUGUUUUAUUGCAAGAUAAGGCUGAAAAGGAUCAAAUUGAGGGCAUACUUCUUGCUUCCGCACACCUUGUUAGAAGUGUGGUCAGUGAAUCACGUUGUCAGGCUACCCUUAAAGAGUUUGUUUCCAGUGUUAAUACCAAGAGGUUGUUUGCUGCAGCAUCCACUCCUCGUGCUCAAUCAUCUGUCAUCAGCAUCUUCUCCAUUGUGUCUCCAGAAGAUGUGACUGAGCUUGUUGAAGAGUGCAUGCGCCUCAUUACAUGUAGUCGUGGAGUAUCUCGGGAUGAAGAAAUGCAAACCCAAGUGAGGCCUGCUCACAAAUUAUUGAUGUCUUGUGAUGCCUUUGAUCACAUGUUCCCGUCAUUGACCAGUAUUUUGGAGAAAAUGACAUAUCGUUGCCAUGUUAAGUUUGGGAUUGAAAUGUCAGUUAAGAUGCCGAAUGGGAAACGAAGAAAGGGUGAGUCAGGGGUCAAAUCUUUGGCCAAGUGGAAACACAUGAAACGGACAAAGGCAUCCAAUUUUGAGGAGGAUUAUUCUAUUGUUGUAGCAGUAGCUUGGCAGCUGAAAGAGUUGCUUGCUUUUGUGGAUGGCCAAAAGGCUGUCUUAGGGUCUCAAGAUCUAGAACAUGCAUUUCUUGCUUUAAAGGAUAUUUUAGAGGUCACCAUAUUGCAGGCAUCAUGCUGUGAUUACAUGGAUGCUGAACCUGUUUUAGCAUAUAUGGUACUCUCCUCGCAGAGAACUCUUCAAAGCUUAAGCACAAGAGAUAUAGGUGAUGAUUCAGUUUCCGCAACAGAGAAGUCUUUACUGCACCAAACAGUGGACCACGUCCUUAACUGCACUGAGCAGCUUCUUGGACAAUCAACUAAUUCAAGAUCAAACUCCGUACUAGACAAUAGAAAGACUGGUAGUAAUGGGAACAGGCAAAGGGAGCAUCAAGCAGAUGUGUGUAUAUAUCAAACAAUGAUGAGCUCGUUCAGUUAUUCUGCCAAGUUUCUCAAUCUCAUUCUCAACACAGCUACCAGCAAUGAAGCUUUACAAGAGGCUUUCGAACUCACAAACACAAUGUUCGAUCUAAUCAUAUGUGUUGAGUUACACUUCGGUCCUCGUGCAUCAUCCCUUGUUGCAGCAGCAUCAGCGAAGCCUUGGCUGCCUGAUCUAACUCUUGCAUUGGGAUCUGGAACCUUACCCAGAAAGAGGGAAGAAGAAAUUGCAAAUCCCAGGGCAUUGGUUGGACUGGAAAGAAGGGAUUCUGGAUUGGUGAUGGGGAUGCUGCACUUCGUUUGUGUGAAGUUGGUGGGAGAAGACAGAGAAUGGACUCAACUUAAUGCAAUGUUGACUUCCCUCCUAGAGAUUUUCCCGAUAAUCGAGAGACAGGUUGAAGAAGAACAAAAUGAGGAAGAGGCAAGAAAGGAAUCGGACAAGGCUAAAGCAUUGCUUGAACCUGGUUGGUUGUAUCAUGUUUAUGAAACUGGUAAGUUUUGUGAUGCUGAGGAAUAG